CUACGUAUUGGCUGUAUCCGAUCAUAAAUUGGUAAGGUGCCGUCACCUUAUAUCAUUCACAAAAAAGGGAAACAAUUUUCAUCAGCUCAAGUAACUGGGGCCAUUAUCUUUCUACGGUAUACUUGACGUUUCAUCAUGAAUGGCACAACAGCGAUUGGAAGUCUUGAACGCCUUGAYAUCUCMCUUAAAUCAAGACCCACCGRGCUUAUAGUCUUUGAAAGUCUAGUAUUUGGACUACUUUAUCUUGGGACGGUGUUUGGAAAUAGUCUCACUGUAUAUCUGGUGUGGAAAUCCAAAUCUCUUCGAACUAUCCCAAAUGCAUUCGUUGUUUCUUUAGCCUUCUCGGAUCUAGGAAUGGGUUGUCUAUCGAUGCCUUUACUCCUAAUAGUUCUUAUAAAAUCGAACUGGUCAUUUGGAGACGCAGCAUGUCAAUAUCAGGGGUUCAUAUCUGUCUUAAUGGCCGCUUCAUCGACGCARAAUCUUACCUGGAUGGCUAUUAAUAGGUAUUUUAGCGUCGUAAAGCCGCAGCAGUCCCGUAACCUUUUCACUAAGCAAAAGACUACUUACAUUAUCUCGAGCGUAUGGACUUUAUCUCUUCUUGCUCCGAUUCCUUAUCUUUCCUCGGGGAGUAAAUUCAUAUUCAAUCCCGGUAAGUUUUUCUGCUAUGUGAGCGUGGACUCGCUGUGGUUUGCUAUAUUUCUGGUAACCGUAUUUGUUGGUUUCCCAACAAGYGUAAUMUUYAUGUGCUACUUCAGAGUUUUUMAAGCGGUACAACAUCAUAACAAAACAGUUCUCAAUUCAAGAGAURGGACUGUAAGCGCACAAGAAAUCAAGAUAGCCAAAACAUUGUUUGUAAUUGUCGUAGUUUUUAUGACUUGUUGGUCGCCAGUCCUGAUCAUGGAUUUCAUUGAUACCGUCAGAGGGGAUUACAGUCUUYCCAGACCAGCAUAUACCGUUUACACGUUCCUCGCUUCAUUUAGUAGUGCAGUCAACCCCGUUAUUUAUGGUAUAAUGAACCCUAAGUUCAGAAAGGAAUAUCUAAGGGUGUUACUUUGUAAGGCACUAAGAGGAGUUAAAGUCGAAGCAACAGCUGACACAGCUCUACACGUCAAGGAAAACCGUACAAAUUGAAAAUAAAGCCUUCUUCAGAAUUACGUGAAUUAUAGAUUUUAAGCACUUGUUUUGAACUAUAUAUGUUGACAAAUGUCAACUUUUAAAAAUGGAUGAAAAUAAUUUAAAAGCUUAUAUAUGAAUGCAUGAUAAGAAAUAUUAAACCAGAUUUGUCAGUGCUUCUUCGCGUCUCUAAUUAAAUUCUCUUCUCAUUAACGAUAAUUAAUUAAUCAUUAGUUUAAUCAUAAUUAAUAUUGCAUUAUUACAUCGAUAGAUAUAGCCUGAUUUACAUGUUCUACUGUUGUGUAGUCAAUACAACAAGUACACAACCUUAAUGGGAUUUAGAACAGUUCCUUUAUGUACACGAAAUAUUUACAAUAAAUACAAUUUGACUUUUGAUAAGUGAAACCUGACAUUUUUUACAAUUGUUGACAGAGUUUUCAUUUCCUAGUCAUUAGUGCUUGUAAUCACCAAACAGAAUUAAACACGAAAAAACUGUUCAAAGUGACAUAUAUAUCAAGAGUUACCUUUCGUUCAUUCGAUUACAGUUUAUAGUCCAGGA